AACAAUGCGUGGAGCGACACUGCAAUCCUUGGAGGGACUAGCAUGGUCGCCGCGGUGUGUUGCUGACGGAAGCGAGUUUCGAAGCCAGCUCCGGUUUUCCCGGGACUCGGAGCUCAGCAGAACGUUCUGACACAGAGUCAGAGGCGGUCAGCGGAGCUCAGGAGUCAAAAUAGCUUGCGCUCUGGUGCCAAUCAAAUUAUCAAUGACAAGACAUCGUGGCGGCAGCCUUCACAUCUGAAAGGGGAAAAGGUGCGGGGAAAAGUGCAUCCUCUAUGGAAACCAGGAUCUAAGCAGAGCAACUGUGCUCAUUUCUUUGGGCUUUCUAACAACCAUUUGUCCGAGCGGCCUGCAAGUUGCAAUUGGCGUGCAGGCCUGGCGAAAACAGGGCGGAAUUGCUUGCAGCGAGUUGACCUCUCAAGAUCCAGUAUCUUGGAGCUCAUUGCAGCUCAAUUGGGCUCGGGGUUGCCCUCUAGACACACUAGCAGGCACCCCACCUCCGGCAUUGCCUGGGUACAAAGUCUUGCUUCUGAGGUGGCCCCCAGCUGAGGAAUGGAUGGCUUCAAGCAUGUUGAUCUGAGGAGCAAGUGGCUUUGGGCAUUGGUCCUGGCGGUUGUUGGGUUGCCUGUGGCCACAGCUCAAGUCACACAAGCUGAAGUAAGUGCUCUUGCUCAGUUCAGGAGCUUCAUUGUUGACCCAUACAACCACCUUGCGAGCUGGGCGGGCGAAAACCCAUGCCUUUACCAGGGGGUCGCUUGUGGGGGCAUCGAGGCGGGGGCUUUUGGUGCUACGGACGCUGUUUCAGAAAUAAACCUCAGCAACCUGAAUCUGACUGGCACGAUCUCCCCGGCGUUGCUCAAUGUAACCAACCUCAAGAUCUUGAACGUAUCUCACAACUACUUCUAUGGGCCAAUGCCAACAGGCUUGCAAAAUCUGACAAGUCUAUCCAUCAUUGACAUGAGUUACAACAACUUGGACGGCACUGUACCACUUGGUCUACUUUUGAAGAGCGGGGUGACACUUCUAGUGAAUGACAACCCCAGCCUUUGCGAUCCUCGGAUCACGUCGUGCGAAAACCCUCCCGACGGCCCCUUGCCGCAGACCUUUUCGCAUGGAGACGACGGCCUAUCCGGCGGAGCGAUCUUUGGAAUCAUUGUAGCAAUCUUGUUAAUAGGGGGGGCGGCCGCCGGGGGAGCGUUUUACUACCUGAAAGUUCAUCGGAAGAAGAAGCAAAGCAGUUUGAACUUCGAACGGUUCACAGGAAUGGGUGUUGCCGAGGGAGAACAAUAUUGAGAGCUCGUGCCCAGCUUGGUGACGUUCAGGCCAUGAUCCUUUCCGCACACGUCCAACUACUACCCUCGAUCAGGUAAAGCGCUUUUCGGGCAAGUUGUUGCUUGAGGAUUGCCCUACAAGUGCACUUCUGGGGAGGUCACGUGAAAAUACAGCGACAUACGUCCAUCAAGUUGUGUGAGCACCUCCUACUGUGGUAUCAGAUUCUCAUGAUCCGAGCUCGAGCUGCGAGGAUAAGAAUACAAUCAGGGUUAGCUGGAUGUAGGUAUGCCCGAGAAUUGGAGAUCACUAACCUAACCGCUUGAAUCGUAUGCUCUCGCGUAGCCAGCCAUAGUGUGUAUGCAAUUCAGGCCUUUACAAACUGUGGCACCGGGGUACUGCAAGUCACUGCUGCUCGAGUAAUACCAUCGUCUCGAAGAAGAGGCACCUAGUCAUGCCGCCUUCAAGUUCAGACUUUCUUCUGGCUUUGUGAUGCAUGAUAACCGGGCACAAGAAGCAGCCCAGCCAUUGACCGGUCAAAUUUGGGUCAUAAUCAUGUACUGACAACCGAAAACUUUCAUGUUGAUCCAAGAUCGAAGCAGUAGAUUCAAUAGAGUUUUG